GUUUAACUACAUUGAGGUGCCCUAAUGACAGCUGUUCACCUCAAGGGAAAUGCUUUAGAUUGCGAUACAAACGUUGAUUUUGAUAAUGAUCUGCUCACUUUCUCAAUUGGACUAACGAUAGCAACACCAGCGAUACAAUUCGUUAGCUUAGAAGGUAUUAAACUCACUGUUGGAUGUCGUAACCUCGUUAAAUAUACUCUGUCGUUCUCUUCACAGUCUAUUUCAAAGGAGUAUUUCUCUAGCCUAAAGCGUUCUUCUCAGGAAUUAGCAGCACUAUCUAUUUAUGAUUUACCAGCUUUUAAAUCUUACAAAGGUCGUUCUUCUGGAUGGUCGAUAUACAAUCCAACCGAUGAAUUUAGAAGACAGGGCGUACUAGAUAAUCCAGCAUGGAGAACAACAUCUAUCAACAAAUCCUACACGCUCUGCCCUACAUACCCCUCUCUUCUCGUAGUUCCCACCAAGAUAUCGGAUAACGUACUUAACUACGCAGCGAGAUAUAGGUCCCGUCAGCGUCUACCUGUUCUAACGUACCACCACUGGAAUAAUCGGGCGACUAUUACGCGUUGUGCUCAACCAUUGGUUGGUCUCACAAACAACAGGAGCAUCCAGGAUGAGAAGCUCGUUGAAGCGCUCUUUACAUCACAUUUAGGAGAUACCAAAGCACACGGAGCCACAGCAACAAAUAUCAUUGUAGACGCACGUCCGACAACAAAUGCAAUGGCACAGCGUGCCCAGGGUGCAGGUACAGAGAAUAUGGACAACUAUCCAGGUUGCCAGAAAGUCUACCUCGGUAUUGAAAAUAUACACGUCGUGCGUGAUGCCUACACACGUGUCGUUGAUGCAGUUGGUUUUGGAAACACUCCCGGUGGUCAAGUCGACCGAGUUGCCGUCGGGCGGAGUGGAUACCUCAAGCAUAUUGCAGUUAUACUCAGUGGGACGCUUCUCACUGUUCGUAAUAUUCACGUUCAUUCCUCUCAUGUUCUGGUACACUGUUCAGAUGGAUGGGAUCGCACAUCACAAGUUGCCGCACUCGCUCAAAUAUGUCUUGAUCCUUACUUUAGAACACUUAGAGGUUUGAUUGUUCUCAUUGAAAAAGAUUUCCUGGCAUUUGGACAUAAAUUUAACGAGAGAUGCGGACAUACAGUCGUCGAGAGGCCAUUCUACGUCGAUGGCGUCAAGGAACCACCACCAGAGCGUACUUUCGGGUCACGUUUGAAGGAAGUCAGUCCUGUGUUCCUGCAAUUCCUUGACUGUCUUUGGCAACUUAUCCGCCAAAACCCAGGUAGAUUCGAGUACAAUGAGGAUCUUCUGAGAGUGCUCCUAGAAAAAGUUUACUCAUGUGACAUCGGUUCAUUCCUCGUAGAUUCAGAGCGCGAGCGCAUGAUGGUCGAUCCACUCGAUGGUCAGCACCGCGUACCUGUCGUUGAAGCGACUGAGAGCGUCUGGGAUGAAAUUCUUACUAAUAUGUCAAAAUACACAAAUGAAGAUUAUUCAGAGGAUGACAAAGUGGAAGAUAUGGGCGUGCUUUACCCACGUGUAGAUGAUAUACUCUGGUGGAACGCCGUUUUCGGACAGGGGACAGACCUCAAUAGCGAAAUAGAACCAGAAACAACUCCUCAGAUUAUAGAUAAUGCAAAAGGGAAGGGCAAACCAUACUUUGAUACACUUGACUCGUUUUUUGGUAAAAAAGAGAGUGUCCUCGGGCGUUGGGGUGGAAUGGCGGGUGUUGCGCGUGGUAUCGGCACACAAGUACAAAAUUUCGGACAGGGACUAGUGCAUGAGUACAACAACUUUGAAACUCGCUUCGGAGGCCUCCGCAUUGAUGAUCAGAAGGACCUUCCGCCGCGACUGAGAAGCGACUACGACUCUAGCACGCUUUUCGAUGAGGGUGAAGACACGCGUGACAUUCAGCAAAAUAGACAUGAGAUAGCACAGGAAAGUGUGCAAAACAAGGAGAGCACCAAAGAGACGAACAAACCAAUCAAAGAGACAAACAAAGAGAAAGAUCCACUUGGAGUAGCUUUCAUGUAAUAUACACUAUAGAAACAUUAUGCAUGCUGCAAUUUU